AUGGCGGACGAUAUAUUGGCGAGACCGCAAACAUCUCCCAAAAAAAUCUCGCGCGAGACCUUGACGAGAAGUUUGCGAGAUAGCGUCGAGCUGUCUUGUCGCGACCUCGCAUUUCUCUCGCGCCAGUCUCGGCAGUUAUCUUUAGUGUGUUUGAAGAUAUUCUGCUUGAGAACAAGUUGGAGCUUUUUUUAAAAAAUUAAAAACUGUUUAUUCCAAUAUUUUUUUGAAGAGUUUUUGACAUUCCAGAGACACGGUCUCGGCUGCCGACUCCAGUUCGAACUUCCGGAAAGGCUCGACGCGGAGCAAAGUCGCAGGAACUUGUCAAUAUCGCAUGGGCGCCGUUGCCGUAUCCACCAUCCACAAGGCCAAGCAGGUGUGAUAAUAAAGAUAAGAGUGAAAAUUAGUGAUGAAAAUUAUUUGUAACUUUAUUGAAAUUCAAAAUAAAUUAAAACAGCUUUUUCUUGAGUUCAAAAUUUGACGGAUUUUUCUGACCAAACUCUCCCGUAUUUUUAGUCUGAAACUUCAUGAAUUUUGAAAAGAAUCAUGCUACCUUUUUUUUAAAUGAACUUCAAGAUGAUUAUUCUGAAAUUGUCGGAUAGGAAACAUGUUAAUAUCCGGCGUUUCCAAAGCAGCCCGUCAGAUAUGAUGUUUCUUGUGCAUGCACCGCCACGCGCAAUUUUGAAUACUUUCGAAAUUUUAAAAAAAGUUUUCAUGACCGAAAAAUAAUGCCGUGUUCAAAGUGAUUCCGCGAAAUUCAAAAUAGCUGUCAGAGAAAGAGAAAGAUAACUAAAUUUUGGAGGGUCAGAGACCAUUUUGCAUUUCGCGGAAAUUACUUUGAACACGGCAUAAGUUUUAGAAGCUGAAAUGCAGCAAGCGCGCUCUAAACCUAGCUCCACUGCGUGGAAACGCCGUGAUCUCAAGCUUCCAUAAGGCUUAUUGGUCGAUUAAAUAGCUGAAAAAUGGUUUGGAAGAUCCCUAUAGUGACCACUUUGAUCUCUCAGGCUUUUUUUCACAAUUUCAUGGUUCAACAGCUUAAGCUUUUUAUCAAACUAUAGGUUUAUUGAGAAGCCUGUCGGAACCAAAUCUGAUUCCCUCUAGUGUCCACUAAGAAUAUCUCUCCAUUUUCCCUCCAAAUCGUUCCGAUUCCUAGACGCUGUAAGUUAAAACGUCAUCGACCUUCAAAAUGUACAUAAACUAGCGUCUGAUUCGAAUCAAAUAACUGGUGUUUGAGGUGAAAAAGUUUUUCUUUUUGACGAUGUCACGCAGAAAAAUCAUCUUACAAUUUAUUCUUGAAAGUAAAUAGCAUGAUUUUCUUUUUACGCUGUAGACUAUAAUCUUGAAGAAUUUUAUUUUGAUUGUCUGUCACGAACAGCCUGGUUGCAUCUUUAUUCAGGGUGGUGUUAUGCCGAUAAAACAAUACAAUAUCGGUGCCGUUAUAUAGCGAAACAGUUACACGUGGCUUUCCCAGGCAUUAAGUAUUCAAAUCGAUUCAUGGGAAAAACAGGGGCAGCCGGGGCAAAUAUUCAUAAAGAAUCUCGUGACGUUUCACGACACUCCCAGGAGAACGAGGUGGGAGAUACUCAAACAACAUACUCAUUCAGAAACAAUUAUUGAUGAAAUUUUAAGGUUCUCAGCACGUACCCGGAGGCCAGUACUGUGCUCGAAAAAAAGAGAAAAAUAGUAGGAUAACAAGAAGCUAGGGAUCCUUUGUGACCCUAACUCUGAAUAAACGCGUCGUUUAUUCACUGCUCGACGACCUGGUCAGACUGCUUGCUCCUGAACCCAACGAUGCCUGAACCCAGAUGUCAGCUGCACUCGUGGGCCCUCCCGCCAAAAAGAACAAACAAAAAAUACAUCACUGAAUUGUGCUCGGGGAUCGGAUUUUCAAAAAAAAUGAAGUUGGAGUAGUUGCGUUGUCGAUCGAUGACGUUUGCCCGCUUGACUGUAUGACGCUCCUGACAGCUGGGUGCGGAUGGGAAUAGCACCAGAUGCGAAAUAUAGGUAGUUCUGAUGGCCUUCUGACGAGGAAAGGGAUCGGCUCCUUUCCAAGAUGCAGGGAGGCUGACGUGUGAUGUUGAACGGACGGGUGGAAGGAUGUCAGAGGCCAUCAGCGAAGAUUGCAGACUUCGCUCCAAGUGGUCGCCAUGUCACGAACAGCCUGGUUGCAUCUUUAUUCAGGGUGGUGUUAUGCCGAUAAAACAAUACAAUAUCGGUGCCGUUAUAUAGCGAAACAGUUACACGUGGCUUUCCCAGGCAUUAAGUAUUCAAAUCGAUUCAUGGGAAAAACAGGGGCAGCCGGGGCAAAUAUUCAUAAAGAAUCUCGUGACGUUUCACGACACUCCCAGGAGAACGAGGUGGGAGAUACUCAAACAACAUACUCAUUCAGAAACAAUUAUUGAUGAAAUUUUUAAGGUUCUCAGCACGUACCCGGAGGCCAGUACUGUGCUCGAAAAAAAGAGAAAAAUAAAAAAGCGGUUUCUUUCUCUUUUCAGCCUCUAUAAAAUCUUGAAUUUUUUUCCCCUGUGCAAUAAUUUAGAUUAAAAGUUCAAAGAUUUCUCUCACAAUAACUUCUGUUUUGUUCAUCUUUUCGCACGUAGUUCAACCAGAAUCGUGAUCAAAAACAAGUUUUUCAAGGCGUUCUUUGUGUGGGAAUGAUACUGGACCACGUUGCAUUCUGCAGAAAAAAGUGGAGCAUUUUCCGAUUCUCAUAUGAUUUCUCUGGUCUUUCCAAGGAACAAAAGUCAAUUUUUGCGUUUAGGCGGAAGUUUUUUGAAGUUUUAGAAGCUCUAAGGAGGUUUGAAGCUUAUAGAACUCUUUGUAAGAGUUUUUUAAGUUGUAAAAUUGACUCUAUUGCUUUUUAUAGCAAGGAAAACGAGUAAAAGAAUAAAUUUUAAGUUUUUGACAACACAAAAAAUUUCAUUUGAAUAGAAAAAGUCAGCUGAUUGUGGUGGAAAAGCAGGGAUUUCUAUCACUAUUCCGAUUUUUCUUUCAAAAUUAGACUUUUUCCUACGAAUAUAUGGAAAGAAAGUCCAAAAAUGGAGUUUUGAGCUUUUUAUGUGACUUGAGAACCUUUCAACUUUUUUUUCCAUGCAUUUUUCCAAGCUUACAGCACGCAAAACGCCAAGCCGCCCUCAUAAUCAUCGCCUAUCUGGCCUUCUGGAGUCCGUACAACGUCCUGACCGUCGUCAACUUCCUGAUGCCCUCCGAAGGAACCACGAUCCCCGUCAAAUUGAGCUUCCUCAACGCCGUCAUUUGUGCCAAUUCUAUCAUUAAUCCGAUCAUUUACGGUGUCUUCCGAACCUAUAGAAAAUAA